AUGAUUGGUUACCACGAAAAUAACAAUGGUAGAACGCCAUUAUGUGAACGAACGUAUCUGGAAGAUAAAUUAGUUAAGUGUUUGGGGCUGAGGAUUGCUUGCAAAGCUGAAUUUUUAAGCAAUUCUGCAUUGAUCACGGAAAUCUAUCCGUACGUCAUUGCAACGACGAGUAGCAAAACAAGGACAGACAGGAAUAGCCUCAGGGAAAACUUAAAGAAAGUAGUAGACAGAAUCAGGGAAGAUAUGGCCAAGCUAGUUAAUGACAGAAGAAGGAUAGGAAAGGGAUGGAACAGGUGGCAAAUCAGAAAAAUAGAUAACGAUACGCAAUGCUACAGGUGUCGCAAAGUAGGGAACUGCAUCGAAAAAGAAGAAGAAACAAAAUGCUAUAAAUGCGGUGAGCUGGGACAAAUUAAAAAAGAAUAUAAAGGAGUUCAAAAAUGUUAUCGGUAUAAAACUGAGGGACAUAAAGCGCCCGGAAUAUAG